AUGGAUAGUCUUCGUUUCUUAGAGGUCGUCCUUAAAGCUCUAGAAUUCUUACAUUGCAAGGGGAUCGUACACAGAGACAUUAAAGGUAUUGCACGGACUAUCUUUGUUUCAAUGUUCUAUAUUUUCAUCUUCAUUAUCAUUUUUUGCAAGCUUGAAAAUACUAGCCUACUUCAAAAGUUAAGAGAAGAGUGUCUGUUGGUUGUACUGGAACUCCUUCCCAUCGUCCACUGCGCACUUCCACCCUCUCCCUUUCCCAGACUCUCAAUUUAUCAGUAACAAAUUAAAGGAGUCUCUAUAAAAGGAGUGUGGAAGUAACCUUGAAUUUUUCUUUGCAGGAGAUAAUGUUCUUUUAGACUUAGAAGAAAAUGGAUUUCUUUCUGCUAAGUUAGCAGACUUUGGAUCUGCAGAAAGUGCAACUAUGGUAAGCUUAACAGGCCAAAGUAGGGCGCUCAAAUUAUCAACGAAAUGAUAUGAAACCAAAUAGUAAACAAAGACCUGUAAACAAUUGUUCCGUUCUUGACGUUUGGCACGAAAGAUGCGCAAGAGUUGCUCUUCGUCCGAGCGACUCUAGCUUCUUGAGUGCUCUCCGAACUUACCUGACAAUCUCGAUGAACGCACACUUUUGAAAGAACCUGUUUUAUAAAUUUUCAACCCGAUGGAAAUUUUUUUUCGCGACCAAUUUGUGAACAAAUAGGAAUAUGAAGCACGCUCGCGUAAUUGAAUUUGAUUAGACAAAUUUACUAGCUAUGUUAUAAUCUAAGCUAUGCCACCCACACCGCAAAAAACAUCUAGAUAAUGUGUUUGGUCGUAUUGUUAAGCGAAUUGUUAACCAAUAUAAACAAAAGCAGGUUUCGAAAAAACGCGUUAACUUCCAUUCAUCGCCUGAGGGGAAUUAAGGGCGGGAGGUGGGAGGGGGGAAGGGUUAAGGAUGUUGGUUGUGUCUCGAUGAAAUUUAGUUAAUCCACCAAUAAGGCCCUGUAAUUUUUUGUGAUCCCCCUCAUUGGCUGUUAAAUGCCAGACAAUUUUCUAUAGUCCCGCUUUAUCCUCUGUCGCUGACGAAUGAUCGUCCCUCCAAAAUCCUCCGGCUCCCACCUCAGUCGUUAAAAAGGACUGGGCCUUAAAGUUUCCCCUCUGCUUGACAGGAACGGGAAUUCAGACCUUCAUUCGAUAUCUGGAGAACCGGCUGCCUGUUGUUGGAGAUGUUGAAUCGUGAAAGACCUCUUCGUUUGAUCGAUGUGAGUAACCAUUCGAUUUACAAACAUUCUGGUGUAGGCGGGAGGUAAUUUGGUGUUAUCACCUGAGUGAUAAUGCAUAUUGGCCACCGUAAAGAGUUUCUAAGGCCGACGUUUCCAGCGUUAGCUCGUGGACAGAGUGAAUGAGAAGGGCUAACGCUGACGUUAACUUUGAAACUCUUUACGGUGGCCAAUUUACAUUAUCAGCCCGAUUGGUAAAAGCAAAUUAGGUGAUUGCUGAAAAAUGGCUUGAACCAUUGAAGAAACGGGAGACGGGAGGAAAGCUGCUUGCCAUGGACUAGAUAAGCAUCCCUUUCAGGCAAAAAAGAAAUAAUCCCAACCCAAAAGCAGGCAAUGUGAACCAUUCAGUCCGUGUCCAGACUGAUGCGGUAAUUUUGUAAAUUAAUCCAUGUAGGAAAGAGCUCUUCAGAGACAGAACUCCUGCAAGCCAGAGGAAUUUAUUCCCUCUGAAGCCAUGGACGUGACGAAGGGACUCUUACGACUUUUGUUCGGAUUGGAUGGCAGUUUUCCUACAGCUGCAGCGGUGUUAAGGCAUUCAGAAGCUUUUCCUGUGACAGAGUUACUAAACCACCUUACUAAGGAAUCACAAAGUCUAGAAAAAUCCACUUAAAGGACCACGGAUCUCUUUUUUUUUUUCAAUCUUUUACAAUGUUAACAUUAUUUCAGAACAUGAAUUCUAACUGCCAAGGACAUACUACUAACGUCACAUACAAUACUUACAUUCCUUUUUCAUUCUUAUUAAUGAAAUACAAAAUUUCAAUAUAAUUGUUACAAUCUAAAUUGUAAUACGAUUGAUAAACAACACCAAAUUUUCAAUCGAAAGUAUCUGGAAAACGGAGGGUUUGGCUAACAACAGCCAUGCAAUUUCAGUUGCAAGCAAAACAAACAAGCAAACAAACAAUGAAAAACAAAAACAAUACAAAAAAAGAAAAAAAAAGCCUAAAUAUUGGAGCAGGAAAUUUUGAGUCCAUUCCUUAUAGAAGGUUUCUCCCAUAUUAUUUUUUUAAGGCAGUGUAUUAUUUUGUUUGAUAAUUAAUCUUAACUUGUUGUUUAAACCCUCAAUAUAUGGACAUACACAUUUUCUGCUGCAAUCCCAAAAAGGUAUUUUUGGAUCUCUUCCUUGUAUUUGGUCCAGAGUCGUGCCCGACGAUUCCAGAAGAAAUCUAAGACUCAGGUCUAUUUCUUGUAUUUGUCAUGAGAAUUACCGGGCGCCCACUCGAGAAAUUCAAACUCAGAUAAUGCUUCAUCUGGCCUCGCCAUCAUGAUGACGUCUGGUCAUGUGAAAGAGAGCCCGGAGGAUUCGUCAUCUCAACGACAAUAUGGAAUUCUACAUCGACAAAUCCUUUAUAUCGCUCAGAAAGACGAUGAAAAUUUAUAAGAACAUCUAUGGAGAGUUUAUUGAAUAAUGGUUACAUGUGGAUAAUGCCAGUUUACAAAGUAAAUGAAAUUUUUUCACGGAAUAUCGUUGAAUACAGUUUUGUACAACAACGAAUGACAUAUUUUUGUCCGCAAUUUUGUGACACGAACCUGUAACCGUAGUUAUUACUUUUUUGUAAAAUAAAUAAAUCAAAGACAC